AGCCUGAGCCAUGGGGGCGAUGUGACAGCAGCAUCAACAUCUGUCCGUGUGAUAGACGCUCGUUUGUGCUGGUGUGGUCGACAGAUUGCUGCUGCAAGGGUUCAGAGUCUGAGCGUGCUCAGUCAGUCUCUGUGGCCUCCAGGAUGUCAGAGCUUUUAGCUUUUUCUCGUAUGUCCUUGCUGCUGGUUUGGGUUCUACUCCUUUCUGCCAUGACGUCUGGCUUCCCUCAGCCUCGGCUGCCUCUCAGAAGUUCUGAUGAUCCACAGAGAGACAAGCUGGAUGACUGGGAGGUGCUGUUUCCCUCCAUCUCCCUCCAUGACUGGAACCUCCAGAUGAUGUCGGCGCCAGGCCUGAGAGCGGCGGCGGCGGACAGCAAGGCCGGUCUGAUGGGGGAAGCUUGGCUGUUUGCUCCAGAGAGGACGGAGGCCAGUGUGGAGGGCGUCUGGCCCAACGAGUGGGCCUCAGAAGGAGCCCGGCUGAUGAAGAGGAACAUGGUGGUGGCCGACGACGCCGCCUUCAGGGAGAAGAGCAAACUCCUCACGUCCAUGGAGAGACAGAAGUGGCUCAACUCCUACAUGCAGAAACUGCUGGUGGUGAACUCCUGAUGGUGGGGACCUCCUGAAGGCGGUGACCUCCUGAUGGCGGGGACCUCCUGAUGGCGGGGACCUCCUGAUGGCGGGGACCUCCUGAUGGCGGGGACCUCCUGAUGGCGGUAACCUCCUGAUGGCGGCUGCUUCGCAGCAAAGUUCAGGUCUGAUCUUCAGGGAAACCUCCAGAUCAAUGUCAGACAUGUCUUCAGUGGUAAACAGGUUUUUGUUUGUGUUGCUGGCAAUAAACGUGGACAUUAAUAAAAAUACGAGAUGUUUGUGAUGCUUGUAGACACGAUGGUUCUGUCAGCGAAUGGCUGAUCCAG